AUGUCCAACCCAGUCUGGAACCCAGACAAUAUCACCGACGUCGCCGAAUCUGUUGGCGUUGGUGCUCUCAACCACGACGUCGUUACUCAGCUCGCCCAGGAUGUUGAAUACCGCGUCAGUCAGAUACUGGAAGAAGCUCUCAAGUUCAUGCGCAAUGCCAAGAGAACCACUCUGAGCACGCAGGACAUCUCACAGGCCUUGCGUCUGCUUGAUGUUGAGCCUCUCUACGGUUACGAAGCUACAAGACCUCUACGCUUUGGUGAGGCAUCAAUAGGCCCUGGACAACCGUUGUAUUACGUCGAAGACGAAGAGAUCGACUUCGAGAAGUUCAUCAACGCUCCGCUACCGAAGGUGCCUCGCGAGAUUUCUCUAACAGGUCCGUCAAUCUGUGUUCUGCUACUUAGCUCAACUGACACCGCGUGCANNGCACACUGGCUCGCUGUAGAAGGAGUACAGCCCUCAAUCCCUCAGAAUCCCACCUCCGCCGAUCAGAGACACCAAGAGCUUCUCCCCAAGGGCCCUGGCGCGAAUCCUAAUCUGGCCGCCAUUGGUGGAAACGACAAUGUCGCCGUCAAGCCUCUGGUCAAACACGUCAUAUCAAAAGAACUACAACUGUAUUUCGAACGCAUCUGCAGUGCUAUCCUGGACGAAACCAACGAGGAGUUCCGCAUAUCGGCUUUUGCCAGUUUGCGCACUGAUCCUGGUCUUCACCAGCUGGUGCCGUAUUUUGUUCAGUUCGUCGCAGACAAAGUUACACACAAUCUAAAGAGCCUGUUCGUUCUUAGGCAGAUGAUGCAGCUGUUGGCGGCCCUGCUGGAGAAUCCCAGCCUAUACAUCGCUCCAUACGUUGCUUCACUGAUUCCACCAGUCCUUACAUGCUUGAUCGGAAAACAUCUUGGGUCAAUAUCCGCCGAUGGCCCUGAAGCACACUUUGCACUCCGCGACUUCUCCGCUUCGCUGCUGUCGGCUAUCGCCAAACAAUAUGGUCAAACAUCGGGCACGCUCAAACCUCGCAUCGCGCGUUCGUGUCUAAAGGACUUCCUCGACUCGCACAAACCUUUUGGCACGCACUACGGAGCUAUUCUUGGGUUACGAGGCAUCUCUGGAGCAGCGGGUGUGCGAACACUGAUCCUCCCAAACCUUAAAGCUUAUGACCAGGUGCUCAAGCAAGGUUUGGCAGAUGAGCACAAGAAAGAUCAGGCAGAAAGGGUUGCGGUGGUGCUGCUUCGAUCUUUGGAACUUCUGGAGCAACAUUCGGCAAACAUGACCAACGGACACCCCGAAGGUGCAGAGCUGAAGGAGCGCUUGACGGAAGCCAUCGGCGAAGUACUUGGUGCACGGGUAUACGAGAGCGGAAGAUCAGGGCUGGCUUCCGUCGUGCUUGACAAAGACAUGGCGGUGUAG